AGUAACGGCGGAUAUUUUCAAAAUGGAAGAAAUGUCAGAGUUUUGGAGGGGAACUGGAGCUCCAAGUUUGUUUACCCUCUGAGAGCUGCGGCUCCGGGGCUUCAUGCUUUCGGCCGAUCGAGGAACAUUUUUACAAACCUGCGCGGACCUGCGAGUUCGAAACCCGGCAGCAUGAGCGUCUCAAUCGGCGACAAGAUUGAGGAUUUUAAUGUCCUCACCCUCCUAGGCAAAGGCUCCUUUGCAUGCGUUUACCGGGCAAAAUCUGUCAAGACUGGAUUGGAGGUUGCCAUCAAAAUGAUCGACAAGAAAGCCAUGCAGAAAGCUGGUAUGGUCCAGCGUGUGACAAAUGAGGUGGAGAUUCACUGCAGACUGAAACAUCCUUCUAUCCUUGAGCUCUACAACUACUUCGAGGACAGCAACUAUGUGUAUUUGGUGUUGGAGAUGUGCCACAAUGGGGAGAUGAGUCGGUACCUGAAGGAGAGGAAGAUGCCUUUCUCUGACGAUGAAGCUAGACAUUUCAUGCAUCAGAUAGUGAAGGGAAUGUUGUAUCUACACACUCAUGGCAUCUUGCACCGUGACCUGACGCUGUCCAAUCUGCUGCUGACCAGCAACAUGAACAUUAAAAUAGCAGACUUUGGCCUUGCCACCCAGCUCAAGCUCCCAAAUGAAAAGCACUUCACCAUGUGUGGGACCCCCAACUACAUCUCCCCCGAGGUCGCCACGCGCAGCGCUCAUGGCCUGGAGUCUGACGUCUGGUCUCUGGGGUGCAUGUUCUACGCCUUUCUCAUGGGGCGCCCUCCUUUUGACACUGACACGGUCAAGCACACUUUGUCCAAAGUCGUUCUCGGGGAAUAUGAGAUGCCGAGCCAUGUUUCAUUAGAAGCUCAGGACCUGAUCCACCAGCUGCUCCGGAGAGACCCGGCCCUGCGGCCCAGCCUCUCUGCUGUUCUAGACCACCCCUUUAUGACACAGAGCCUGCUGGUCAGGACCAAAGAGCUGAGGCUGGGCGACGACAGCUCCAUCGACAGCGGCAUUGCAACCAUCUCAACAGCGUGCACCUCCUCCACUUCAGCUAGCAGCGGCACCCGUCUCCAGCGGCGAACCAAGCACGUGAUUGGUCCAACUCUGCCUAACCGCAUGACAUCCGUUCCUCCACGCCAGCCGAACAGCUUCGAAGACGGGGACCAGUUGCACCAGCAGUAUCCACCGGACAGUUUCUGUAGAGAGGGCAGGGGUCGGGCCGCUCAUGUUGAAGAGAGUGGACGGCCGUAUUCCAGGUUCCUCAGGAGGGCUCACUCAUCAGACCGCUGCGGUCCUGCAGAACCAGGACAGACCUCCUCGCAGCAUGAGCUUGAGAGAUGUCAUUCAGAGGAGACUCUGACUGCUGUAGGACGACCCCUCUUCCCUUCAUCCUCCAGUCCGCAUCCUUUUUCAGAUCAUGGCAGGCAUCCCUCUCCUCCUGUAAAACAGGCGGCACACUCAGGCUAUCUGUCAGCUCAGAUGGUUUAUCCACCAACCUCCCAGUAUCAGGACCUCGAAGGAGUUUCUAACUGGCUCAACAGUGACGGAUCAGGACCAAGGCCCACAGACAGCAGUAGCUGCAGCUUCCACAGCAGAGGACCUUCAGGGGUUCACAGCUCCUGGUCCGAACCCACGGGCCGAGGUCUGCAUCAGCACCUGUAUCCUGAAUCAACCCGAGAGAUCCCACCGGGAACAGACUACCAGCCUCCUCACAGCAGGGAGCAAAAGCCUCCUUCAGCCAAACCCAGAGGGGAGAAGCAGAAGAAAACUCUGAGAGACGUCAUGCCUCCUCUGUGUGCCAACAGACUGAAGCCCAUCAGGCAGAAGACCAAAAACGCAGUUGUGAGCAUCCUAGACACAGGUGAAGUCUGCAUGGAGCUUUUAAAAUCCCAAAACGGCCAAGAAAGGGUUAAAGAAGUCCUGCGGAUAUCCUGCGAUGGCUCCAUGGUCACAAUAUACCAGCCUAAUGGUGGGAAGGGCUUUCCUGUGCUGGACUCCCCACCAGCGCCCCCAGAAGAUAUACUCAUUUGCAGCUACGAUGACCUUCCAGAAAAAUACUGGAAGAAGUACCAAUAUGCCUCCAAGUUUGUGCAGCUUAUAAAAUCCAAAACUCCUAAAGUGACUCUUUACACCAAGUACGCCAAAGUCAUGUUGAUGGAAAACUCCCCCGAUGCAGACCUGGAAGUCUGUUUCUAUGAUGGAGCAAAGACCCACAAGACCUCCGAACUGGUGCGAGUGGUGGAAAAGACUGGGAAGUCAUACACCGUGAAGGGAGAAGUGGGUCUGGGCGGCCUGAGCCCUGAGAGCAGGCUUUACGUGGAGCUGUCCGACGAGGGCCAUAGCAUGUGUUUGUCACUAGAGGCCGCUAUAACGGCAGAGGAGCAGCGAAGCACGAAGAAAGUCCCCUUCUUCCCCAUAACUAUCGGCAGGAGACCGGCCAGUUCAGAGUCUCCAUCCUCCGUGCCAUCUCAGCAGGUCCCUCCUGAUUCAGUGACACCACCUAAACCUCCACAGAUCUCUCCUUCAAUGAUUUCCUACGAUGGGUCGGACUUCACCUCCGCCAGCAUGAGUAAGAAGGGCUCUCCGGUUCGACAGGAAUUGGUUCAGAGCGCUGGAAAAGUGGUCAAGUCAAUAUUUGUGCCUAAUGUUGGAUGGGCAUCGCAGCUGUCUAGUGGAGAGGUGUGGGUGCAGUUCAACGAUGGCUCUCAGCUGGUGGUCCAGGCGGGAGUGUCCUGCAUCACGUACACAUCUGCAGAGGGCAGGAUCACCAGGUACAAGGAGAAUGAGAAGCUGCCCGAGCACGUCAAGGAGAAGCUGCACUGCCUCUCCACCAUUCUUGGACUGCUGGCAAACCCGACGCCUCGUCACCCCACGGCUCACUAGCUGUCCGCAGAGAACCACAUUAGCAUUAGGAACCUUCUGAACCUCUCCCUCUCUGCUGUUGCUGUAAAUAUUCUGUGUGUUGGCUGUUUUUACAUGUACAGAAGACUAAUAAUGAAAAGAUUUUAUUUUUAUAACGUAUAGUGUCUAAGGUAGCUCAGUUGGGAACGUUUCCUGUCUCAUGAACUUGCUGAUGCAAUAAACAUCUGGAGGUGGAGAACUGAA